CAGUUCAACCUCUCAGUUGGCAAUCAACAGAAACAGCGAUGAGUUCCCCGGUCAGCGAGUCCAAGCUCAAGGAGUACUACGAUGUGGCCAUGAAACUGGUCCUCAAGUGCGGACCUCUGAUGCAGGAGGGCUACCAGAAGCCCAAGACGGACUACAAGGUCAAAGCGGACUUCUACGACCUGGUCACCGUUUAUGACAAACAGAUUGAGGAUAUCCUAACCGAGGGAUUGGUGGCGGCCUUUCCCGAAUCCCUAAUCAUUGGUGAGGAGGAGUCGGCAGCCUCGCACCGCCAGGCGGAACUGACGGACGCGCCCACCUGGAUCAUUGAUCCCAUCGAUGGCACCACCAAUUUCAUCCACCGCAUCCCACAUUGCUGCAUUUCCGUGGGUCUGGCCAUAAACAAGGAGCUGGUGGUGGGCAUCAUCUACAACCCGCCGGCAAAUGAGCUGUUCUCCGCCUACAAGGGCCAUGGAGCCUACCUAAAUGGCCAGCCCAUCCACACAUCCAAAGUGACGACGAUCAACCAGGCGGUGAUUGCCUACGAAAUCUCCCUGAUCCACGCCGCUGGAGUGAGAGACAAGAAUGUGAAGCGACUGUACAAGAUGGCCUCGAGUGCCACGGGAACCCGCUGCUUUGGAAGUGCAGCCCUGACCCUUUGCUACGUGGCCACUGGCCAGUGCGACGCCUAUCAUGUGGAGGACCUAAAACCCUGGGACAUUGCUGCCGGAGCCAUUAUCCUGACCGAAGCCGGCGGCACUGUUUGUCACACCAGCGGAUCCAAGUUCGAUGUGAUGAAACCCGAUUGUGUAUGCGCCUCCACGCCGGAGUUGGCCAAGAAUGUGAUUAGCCUUAUCGAAGAGGCCGGCCAGAUUACUGAGUACACAUUCAAGUAAGGAUUUUAACUGCUUAUAUCAGUAUGCAAAGUCAGUAUCUACAUUUAUCAUUUGUAAAUCAGCUGUAAACUAUUGUAAUCGUGAGAGAUUAAACAGAAUAUUCCAGUAUAUAAAAACAAUAAAAACGACUUAUAUCUCA